AUGGAUCCGCCGUUAAGUCCGCUUGGAAGUCUCGACCCACACAUGCUUCGCGACAUGGUGGUAGAUAAGCAGGGCGUACCUCCAGGUAGUCAUAUGAGCAACAGCUCAAGUAACCCACAGGUAUUAGUUUUGUAUGACGGUUGUUUUUUUCUUAAAUAGGUAUGAUUUUGUUGCUCUUCAGCAUUGGUCUCCAGCUCACGUUUCUCAAAACACUGCAUCUCCGGCGAGCAUCGACUCCCCGCGCUCUCAACAACGUUUAUCUACAGGUUGGUUAAAGAAUCGCUCGUUUUAUUAUUACAUUUUAAAUUUAGGUAGUAACACUGAUGUUAACAGUCCAUUCCAAAACAGACCGGCGUCUCAGCAGCCCCAGCACUUCGAUUUCAAUACUCCCCGAACACCAAUCUUUCCAGGGCCUUCCAAUUCUCCCACAAAAUCAGUACCUUCUCAGCAACAACAACAACAACAUAUGAUGAGUAAGGAAGGAAAUGUUGUCGAUUAUUUGCCUUUUUUAGGUCCAGCAGGCAGGUCUCCGCAACAACCGCAAUCUCAAAUGUCCCAACACAUGCCUUCUUCUCCAUUUCCUCGGACUUCUUCAGCUGCUUCAAGUAACGCCUGCCCUUCGCCAUAUCCUCAGGCUUCGCAGAUGAAUAAUCAACCUUAUCGUAAGCAACCUUUACACGCGUUUUGUUUACACAAUGUUUAUUUUUUAGAACAGCAGAUGUAUACCUCCGGGUAUCCGAAUCCGCGUAUGCCCGGGUACCCGAAUGGGCAACAAAGCUACGCCAAUUACAAUCAAGUGAACCCGCAGUGGCAGAAUCAAAACGUAAGAGUGUUAGGAUUGUGAUGGCAUUGUGUUCUUCGUGGGAUAGCGUUAUUCGCGCACUUUUUUUAAUAAUGUUAUGGUUUAUUAUGUUCGUCUAGAUUCAUCAACCGUACAUGAAUCAACAACGAAUGAUUAGCCAACCCAUCCAACGACCCAUGAUUCGAUAUCCUCCCGGUGAGUUCUCUUCUGAAUUAUUAAUGGUAGUUAAGUGUCUUGUUUUUAUUGUCAUGGAGUUUACAGGAUGUGGUGAAAAUAAAAGCUUUCAGGCUAUCCUCCAGGAGCAGUACCUCAGCAAUUCAUGUAUCAACAGGCCAGGCCGGUCAGGCCGCAGUACCCUCAGGUCAAUGGAUCGGCUCCCCAAACUCCGGGGGCGGUUCCCCAAUCACCUAAUCAGGCUACCAACUACGCAUACAGCAACCAAGGCGGGAUGAACCAACCCCAGGCUCAACAACAUUUUUAUAUGCAACAACAGCAGCAGAGGUUGCAACAGGUAAGUCCACCAUUGUUUGCAAUAAACGGUUUUCAGCAAGGGAAUGCGGGGUCUCCCUCGCCGAUGGUACGGCCUUUUCUCCAGCAAAUGCCUCCCGGCACUCCCACUCCUACUCAGAACAUAUCUCACCCUACAAUUAAUGGUCAGGCGAUGAAUCCUCAUGGUGAGUCGAGUAUUUAAUUGUUGAGGUUUUACUAAUUAUACAUUGGAUGAAGGUUAUUGCCAAUGUCUAAUCACGUUGUUACCGAUUUAACGCGUUUGAAUAGUGUGUGAACUCGGCGUUUCGGUUUAUUAGUGCUCAAAUGGAAUGUUUGACAGCUAAUUGUAAAGCUAAUGUUCUUGCACAAUGUUGCGUGUUUUAUUAUUCUUUCCGGAAUUGGGGGAUUAGUGUCUGUAAUUGUAUAAUGUGCCAUGCAUUUUUUUGUUUAUUUACAGCAAGGUACGUACCAAACGGAAUGUCAGGAAGCACCCCGAUGCAAUAUUCUAACAAUGUUCCCCAGGCUCCGCAGAAUCAGAUUCCACCCCAACACAUUGGACAAUCUCCAGAUCUAGCCCCUCAGCCACAAGGGCAGUGUCCCCCUAUGGUUCGGCAGCAUAUUCCUCCACAUCAAAGUAUGUUCGCUGGGAGGGGAGAAGAUUAUUUUACAGAUGUAAACUCGGGAAUGUACCCAAAUACAGUGCCCGUCCACAGUAAUAUACCCCUCCCUGGGUCGAACUCGUUAAUGCAUGUUGGCCAACCGGGCGUUAUGAGGAUGGCGCAGCCAUUACGAGCCUCCACUUACUACGACAUAGAUCCCCAUUGGCAACAUCGUGUAGUUAACACCGCAACAUUCUUAGCAGGAUGUGUUUUCUUUUUUGAUAACGACCUUCUUUUGGAACCAAACGAACUGCAGAAUCAGCUUCGCUAUUACGGGGCUGACUUUGAGAGUGGACAACCCAGCCCUGCAGUUACUCACGUUGUGGUUGAAUUCAUGACAGAGAAGGCGAGAGACAUGAUUAAAACAACUCGAAACGCCAGGUUUGUUACACCGUCGUAUGUAAGCGAUGUUAUCGCGAAGAAACGGCUGUGCCCUCCUUAUAAGGCCUCUCAUCUGCCAUCCGCAUGGGGGUUGACCCAAAGGGAUCAAUUGCCCGGAUAUAAUAAGGUAUGGUUUAUUGUUUGUUAUGGUCCCGGUGGUAACAAGUAUGAGUACGGUUAUGUUGCAGAUCUUUGCUGCCGAAGGUUUUGACGGUGAUGAAAUUGAAAUGGUAAAAGUGCUGACCAAAGGUGUCGGAGGAAUAUUUAACGCUUGUAUCUCACAAAAUCACGCUGCUCUCAUUGCGAAGGGAGAAGGAGGAAUGAAGUACAUGAAAGCUCAAGAAUUUGAUAUUCCAGUCGUGAACUUACUUUGGCUUGUUCGUCUUUACUUUGGAAAUAGCUCCAUUAUUUCGGAACUUCGGCAUUCCGAAUACUGUGCUGGGGUUCCUGGAACAGGAGAAAUUAAUGGACCGCAUGUGUUGGAGAAGAUCUCCGAGAAUGCCGCAAAUCUAUUAGGUAGGUGGUUGAACAGAUUUGAGUAAUUUUGAAUGGUUGCAGUUCCAUGGAAAUCUCCGAUCCUUGUAAAUGAAGCCAUCCUCCAAAAAGCGGUUCAACUCCGCAGUCAGGUGGAAGGAGAUAUCUCAUGCUUUCCUCAUCACAAAAUAAAGUGAGAACUCUCGGGUUUAGUCCCUUAUUUACAGGUUAUACACUGAGACUCCCACCGAAGAUCAAAUUGCACAAGCUCUGAAUAUCCUUCAAAGGGAGGAUAAACUUCCUAAUGUCCGGGUGUUUCUAGACCGCUUACCUCCAGUGUUAAUUGACUCCUUGAGGAAAAGAAUACGAUUUUUGGGUGGUCAGGUAACCGAUUCUAUUGUGGAUUGUACUCACUUCGUCACCUGUGAUCUCAAGAGGACUAUUCAACUUUGCGAAGCUCUUGGACAAGGCAAAGAAGUUGUAGAUCCAAGCUGGGUUGAUCACUCAUUCAGUUGUUUGAGGUUUAUUGGUAAGUUUGUACUAGCUGACAAAAAACUCAAAUUUUUCGUUUUAUGUGUAAUCGCUGCUAUUAUCUUCCAGUGUAAGCACUGGAGUGGUUUUACAUCUUCCCGUUUAACAGUUGUCGAUAAAAAACAAAAAGUUGUCAAUUUUUUCAAAAAAAUAAUCCGCUUGCAAUAAUUAGGUUUUUUUCGCUCACAAAGGAAGCACCUCAAGUGCGACACUCAGAUUUUCUUUAAAUUUUGCGCACAGCUCGCGGCAUAGGCCAAAUAUCAAUUUCCGAAAAUUUUACCUCGCGCUUUGCAAGCGCCACCUUGAACUAUCUUUGCCGCCGACAGAGUGCGCUAAACGCGGUGCAGAAAAGAUUAAUUUUUUCUCUAACUAACGGUAAGGUAGAAAUAGGUAUGACAAUUUUAAUGCCGAAAUUUGCAAAACGAUGUGGCAUUUUUCCCAGCUUUGGAUCUAAAAAUCUCGGUUGUUUCUGCAAGGCGCGAGCUAGGAGCCUCGCAUAUACCUUAGAAAAAACUUCUUAAUUUGUGCCAAGUUUCAUCAAAAUCUGAGUGUCAAACUUACUUCCCCUGCUAGAUUCAUCCACGUUGAGCAGAAAUUACAUACAAAAUGAAAACAUGAGCUUUUUAUCAGCCACUGUAGUAAUUAUGAAUUAAAUUAAAGAUUCACUCGACUUUCGAGUCCGUGACUACGAAAACGAAGCCAAGUAUGGCUUCAACGUUUUGAACACGAUCUUCAGGGCACGCACUCGCCACGUCUUUGAAGAUGUCACCUUCCAUGUAAGCCCCAACGUACAACCAUCUCACGAAAUCGUCCGAAGAUUGAUUCAGAGUGCCGGAGGAAGUGUUGAAGAAACAAAGCCGAUUUAUAAAACGCUUUAUCAUGCGAUUAAGGUAGCUUGUUUUAUUUUAUAAUAUUUUUUUAGUACGACAAGACUUACAUUGUAAUUGUAAAUGAGAACGACGUUUGUGAUUAUGAAUACCUUUGGGAGAAGAAAAUUCGUAAGUUUAUAAUAGCCAUUUGACUCGGUAUAUAUAAUUCCAGCACUUUUCAACGAAGAGUUUGUUUUUAUGGCAAUAAUUAGACAUAACUUUGACACAUCAUCUAGCUAUCGCCUCAAUCCUCCACUGAGCGAUGAAGCACACCAAACAGCCUUGGGAACAGUGCGCAACGACAGAGUCAAGGUUGCAUAA